UGGUUAUAAAAAAAUAAUGAAAAACAAGGAUAUUGGUUACAACAAAUUGCCAUCUAGGCGCAAAUUGGCACUCCACGUGAUUUCAACGGCAGAAGGUGGUGCUGGGGAUGAAAAGAAUAUCAAGGAUAACGGAGAAGAGAACAAGAAACCAGGUGCAACGACUGCUACUAAAAUAACGGACGUAAUUGCCUUCAAAGCCAGUCAGUCAUUGUAUCCAUUAUUGAAACCUUACAACAAUAUCCCGAGGAAGGGACAGCGGUCUAAGCUGUAGUAAUCCCUGCAUUAUUUCCAUUAUUAAAUCAAUUCGAAUCAUGUACAAUAAUGCAAGCAAUUAUGUAAUUAUUACAUAAAGCGUAUGAU